AUGGCCAUGGACCAAGCUCUGCCAGACCUUCUCUCGCGACUUCCGGCCUUCCUCUCGACCAGAUCGACAACGGGAUGCCCAGAUCUGACACGACGCCGUUCGUUUCCGCCUUGCCUAGCCGCACUGAGCAUCCGAACCACCUCCCCAGACAGCGCCGCCAUCGUCGCCAAGGCGGCGCCGGUCUCGGCCACGGCGCAGGAGGUGCCGUCGUCACCCUCCAUGUCGUCAUCUGGCUGGGCCGUCGAGGAUCUCCUGCAGUUCUCCCUACGGGCACCGUCAAGGGCACUGAUCGUCUAUCACAAAUCAAUCAGCUUCCAUGCAACAAGGUCUGCCAACCAUUGUCAUUGUUGCAAGAUUACUUUUUUGAAAGUUGUAAAGAGAACGAGAGAUAGAACUAAAUUUACUUACAUGGUCAGCUUCCAGUGUUCAGCUAUUAUAUGUAGCACCGCAGAUGCAUAUAUUACUAUUCAGUGUAUACUAAAGUUUUACUUUGCAGAAGAAAUGCAUGGCACAGAUGAUGUUACUUGCUGUUCUAGGUGUGGUGAUCUCAACAUUUUUGCUUGGCGCUGCUAUAAAGUGUUUUAUUGGGAGCAGUUCCAUUAUGAUAAUCAAAAUGGAAUGAUUGACAUAGUAUACAGAUUACAAGUCUAUUUGGGCUUUAGAAUUGUUGCUCUGGGCCUUGCAUUUGGAAUCGCAUCUCUACUAUGGCUGGGCUUUAUUUUCGAUGGUACAAUCAUACAGAUUUCACUAACACUUGCAGUCAGAUAUAUGGCUUUCUUCACUGUAAGAUAA